AUGCUUUUAAUAACUAUUUCCUGUCGUUAUGAGUACAUAGAAGUUAUUCGAGAAAAUUGGAAUCUUAAGUAUAGUGCUUGUUUUAUCCUAUGUCCAGUACGUCCGCCCGAAUAUGAUGUUCCUGAUUAUGUCAGUAUAGUAGCACGUCUGCGUGCACCACCCGGUAAUAUUUUGAAGCUAAGAAAUACUGACUGGGAUGAAGAUCUAUUGAAAGUCAACAAAACAGCUGAAUCAAAAUUUGAGACUUCAAAUCGAUCCAAAUCUAACCAAGCUCCCAUUAUCAAUAAGUUACCCUCGGAGGCUGAAAUGAAAGAUGAAAUUGCUAUAUGUGUUAAACCAUUUCAUUUCGAUUAUGAUCAAUCUCUCUUCCUAAUGGAAUUCCUGGAAUUUUAUUCCCUAUUAGGUGUGUCACAUUUUACCUUCUACAAUCAUACGGUAGGUACUCAUGCUUCAUGUGUACUGGAUCAUUAUAUACGAGGGGAUAUACCGGCAAAUUCAACGGCUCAAGAUGUGUUUGAUGUUAAUGAAACGGCUAAAAAGCUUGAGGAUCCUUCAUCUACAUCCUCUUUACCACCGCCCAAGUAUUUGAAAAGCCCUAACUAUCAUCCUCCCUCGGUUCAAAUUUUACCAUGGAAUUUGCGUAUGCGUUCGCAAAAGGAAAUACGUACUGAAGGCUUAUUUGCGGCUUUAAACGAUUGUCUAUACCGUACCAUGUAUCGUUAUAAAUAUUUGGCUUUAGUGGAUUUGGACGAAUUUAUAGUACCAAGAUUAAAUGAUACUUUGCAAGAGUUAUUAAGCUCCUUGAAUUCCCGUUUUCGCAAUCGUAAUUUGGGUGCCUAUUCUUUUCAAAAUGCUUUCUUUUAUUUGCAAUUUGCCGAUGAUCCUCUUAUCACCCAUUUGGUCGAUGGUGAGAAUUUGGAUAUGGCAAAGUUGAAGGCAGCUUUAGUGACUCAGAGAAAAACAAGAAGACGCUUUAAGUUACAUCCUCAGAAACAACGAUCCAAAUACAUUUGCAAGCCGGAAGAUGUUAUUGAGGCUGGUAACCAUUUUGUUUGGGAAUAUGCACCAGGCAAGGGUUCAUUAAACGUACCACCUACCGAUGCCAUCUUACAGCACUAUAGAGUUUGUGAAUUUGGUGGUAAUGACUGUAUUAAGGCUCCCUCUACGGUUGAUCGUACCGCUAUCAAAUAUGUUAAUCGUUUGGUAGAACGUGUCUAUAGUGUCUAUAGUCAUCUUAAAGAUAAAUGUGAUUUACCACCCUUGCCACCGAUACCCAAACCGGCACCACUACCCAAACUGGAAAUGAAACCCAUUAUAAGAAAGGUAACAAAUGAUAAGAGUGUAAAUAGAAAUGAUGAAUUAAUAAAAAGUACGGCGAUAGAUAAGAAAAUUGAUAAAUUGGUAAAAAACAACGAAAUCGUGCGCGAAAAACAAGCGAAAAAGAAAGCAACUACUUUAACAACGAUACUAACGAAUACCCAAUUAACGAAUGAGACACAAACAGCAAAUGCUGGACAACAACAACAUUCAAAAGUGAAUAAAACAACAACGAUUACACUAAAUAAAAGUAGCAGUAGUAGUGGUAGCAGCAGUAGUAGUUCAACAACUACAACUGCUAUCUCUACUAUAUCCACCAUUACCACUACCACCACAAGCAUAAGAACAACAACGAAAGAUUUAACUACUACGACGACAGCAAUGAAUCCAUUUCUUUUAAAGAAACCCCAUAAAGUGGUGGUAUUUUUCAUUGACGAUAAGGGUCAAUCUAGGGCAAGACUAGAAUAUCAUUAAAUCGUAAGGCAAUAAAGUAAAAAUUGCUCAAAUAUAUGAUAAAAGCGUUAAAACAAAAAGUAUUGAUAAAUAAGAAUGGUUUAAAACAUUUGAAGAUAAAAUAAUAAUUUUCUUUAAUCUGGCAAACAAACAAUAAAUAAUCGGAAGUAUUAUUAUUAAUUAUACGAAUAGUUUAAAUAAUUUUUAACAUAUAUGUUAUAUAACUAACAAAAUUGAUAGCUUCAGCAGAUUUGAGAAAUCAGAAAUCAACAACUCCAGAGUUUUUAAAAACAUUUUUCAAGAUCUGUUUUAUAUGGCUUUUUUAAACUCAUUUUUGAUUCAGAGUUAAUUGAUCGCAGAAGACGUUUAACUUUAGCUUAUGCCAAGAUUCAAACAUUGAUCUUUCGUAAGAUGCAGUAGAGCUCCAGUCGUAGAUUAUUUUUAAGAAUUUAAUUUCAAAAGUUGAUCUAAAGUACUAAUCGCUUAUCUUUUAUGAAGGUUUUUAACAUUUAGGUGGAUCUAUAGAUAUUCAAUUUAAUCGAUCUCUAACAAAUGGAAUUUCACCUUUAAUCAGCGAUCUAUAUUGACGAUGUUUAUAAUGUUGAAUUUUAGUUUCUAUUUUGAAUCUUUAAGAUAUUGAUUUUAGCUUUAGUUAUGUACUUUUAUGAUACUGAUUUACGGCUUCAAUAGCGGAUCCAAAGAUACUGAUUUUGAAGUGUAAUAAUCGAUCAUUGAGAUUUUGAUAUUAAUUUUUAUUGGUAGUUUUUUUUCGACUUUGAAUUUGAUUUUGAAUUUGAUCUUCAAUCUUUAAGAUCAUGAGCAUCAACUAACGAUCUUUAGGAUGUAACAUUUCAACAUUAAUCUAGUAGAUCUCUUAAUAACGUUAAAUUAUAGUUUCAUUUAUAGAAUUUUCAUUUUAUUUGAAUCGAUGCUCGAGAACUUGAUGCAAAUUCCAUAGUAGAACGUUGAAUUUCGGAAUCGAUUGAGGAUCUGUGAGAACUUUGAAAUGUUGAAUCUUAUUUAAAUAUAUUGAUCUCUAUAAGGUGUUGAAUUAUAUCUUUAAUCAUAGAUCUUUUAAAUGUCAAAUUGUGGCUUUAAAUGUUGAUCUUCAGGGUGAAUCCUAAUAGUGUUUUUUUAGUAUUAUCGAUCGUGGAACCUUAUAAUGUUAAAUUUUGAAUAUAUGGUUUUUAUAUAAUCGUCUCCUGAGUUCUAUUGCUUUUAACAUUCGAUUUUGAAUCUUCUUAAGGUCGGCGAUUGAAUUUACAAGUUGUAAUUUCAAUCGCUGAUCUUUUAAAAGUUGAGAUAAUGAUCCAUAAGAUGUUAAAUUUCAAUAAUAAUGAGGAUCAUUAGGAUAUAUCAUUCAUCGAUCUUUAGAAUGUUAAAUUUCAGAUCCAAUUGCUUCAAAAAGUUGAACUAAAACUUCAAUUAUGAAUUGAAAUUUUAUUGGAUUUAAUCUCUAAUCGAAUAUUUUUAGUGUUGACUCCGUUUACAAAUCUCUAAAGUGUUGAAAUAAGAUCACUAAAAUGUUGAAUUUCAGCACCAAUCGUAGAUCUUUAAGAAGUUGAAUUUCAGCUUCAAUUGAAAACACUAAUGAUAUUGAAUUUGAAUUUUCAACGUGAUCUUUAUGAUGUUGAAUUAAAGCUACAAUCGAGGAUUUUCGAUCAUUAACAUUUGGAUUUGGUCAUCGAUCGUGUAGCUAUAAAGUCUUGAUCCUUGAUCUUAAAUCUUUAAGACUUUAAAGUUCAGGUUUAAACAUGGGUCGAUGCUACGGUGAUUCCCUUCAUCAAUUAGCUUCAGAUUCAAGGAUCGAUUGGAGGACUUUGGGGAAAGAUUUUAUUAAAAAUCUUAAAUGCCUGAUAUGUUGAAAUUGUACUUCGAUCAAUGUUCUGUGAAAUGUUGAAUUUAACUUUAAAUUAUAAUUUAAAUAGAGGACAGUGUAUAAGCUUUAAUUGUAGAUUUGUACAAGUUCCAAUGGCAUAAAUUUCAAAUCGAUUGAAACUCAAAUAUAUCUUUCUUCUUUUUGUUGAAAGUAAAUGCUCCUUUUUUCUAAAUCUGCUGAUCUAUUUUAA